AUGUCUCGUCUAGCCGCAGAAUUUGCAAUGAAAGAUCUCGGUCCAUUAAGUCAUUUUUUGGGUAUCCACGUCCGUCGGCAAGGUAAUCAAAUGUUUCUGUCUCAACAGGUUUAUGCAAAAGAAAUAAUCGAACGUGCAGGCAUGUCGUCGUGUAAACCCGUGCCUACACCGGUUGACACCAAACCAAAGCUUGGUUCAAAUGCAGGUGUUGAUUUUGAGGAUCCUACUUUGUAUCGCAGCCUUGCGGGAGCCCUUCAAUAUUUGACCUUCACGCGACCCGACAUUUGUUAUGCUGUUCAACAAGUUUGCAUGUAUAUGCAUGCACCUAAGGUGGAUCACUGGAAUGCUCUUAGACGCAUCAUACGAUAUAUCCAAGGUACAUCGUCGCAUGGUCUCACUAUUGGCACAUCUACGGAUCUCUCAUUGCGCGCAUACACCGAUGCCGAUUGGGCCGGGUGUCCGGAUACGCGUCGUUCUACCUCCGGCUAUUGUGUCUACUUAGGGCCGAACAUUAUCUCGUGGUCGUCAAAACGUCAAUCGGUUAUAUCUCGAUCCAGUGCUGAAGCAGAGUACCGGGGUGUUGCAAAUGUCGUAGCCGAAAUAUGUUGGCUUCGUAAUCUCUUGCUCGAAUUACACAAACCACUGACUAGUGCAAGUCUUGUGUACUGUGACAACAUCAGUGCUAUCUACUUGUCCGGAAACCCCGUCCAACAUCAACGUACCAAGCAUAUUGAGUUAGAUAUUCACUUCGUCCGUGAUCUAGUUCAACGAGGUUCCGUCCGGAUUCUCCAUAUUCCUACGCGUUUUCAAGUGGCUGACAUCUUCAAGAAAGGGCUACCCAAGGUUUUAUUUGACGAUUUCAGGUCCAGUCUCAGCAUUCGGCCUCCCUUCGCUUCGACUGCGGGGGUGUAA